AUGUUAUGCCAUAAUGUUGAUUUUGUGGCCAUCUCAGACAAUUAUUGGUUGGGUCAAAAUACACCUUGCUUGACCUAUGGUCUGCGUGGUGUGAUCUAUUUCUACGUCACUGUCGAAGGUCCGGAUCGGGUUUUGCAUUCCGGCUGUCAUGGUGGGGCGAUUGUGGAGCCACUAGCCGAUCUGAUCAAUUUGUUAGCCGCACUGAAUGACAAUCAGGGACGACCGUUGGUCCCAGGCAUCUAUGAGGACAUGGAAGAGAUUGAUCCGGAAGAGAUGGCGUGA